GGCGCGCCAUUGUGGUGGUUGGUGUCCCUCAGUUUGUCAUUUUCAUACAGCUUGUGUGUUUUUAAUAAGAUUUAGGACAGUAAUGAAUAUAUUUUUUACGAAUGUUAUAAUCAACAAAACAACAGUGACAAUAAUGCGUGCCGAACCUUUUAUACCUGACUAAUGAGCAGCUUUGAGUCACCACGGCAUCUUCAGAGUGGUCAUUGAACAGGGGUAGCGAUGGAGGCUGGGGCGCGCGCUCUGGACGUGCUCCCGCUACUCCAGGAGCGGGUGGCGGCCCUGACAGGAGGUCGCGACCGCCGCGGUGGCCCUAUCAUAUGGUUCCCAGCGAACUCCCGGCGAGACAGAGUCGCGCCAGAUGACUAUAGGCGUUUGCUGCACUAUUUAAUCAGUAUACCUAGUGAUUCGGUGAGAUCACAUGGAUUCACGAUAUUGAUUGAUAUGAGAGGUUCAGCAUGGGCAGCAAUAAAACCUAUCUUAAAAGUUCUGCAAGAACACUUCCCUUCAUCCGUCCAUCAGGCACUGGUAGUAAAACCUGACAAUUUUUGGCAAAAGCAACGCACAACCAUAGGAGCACAUAAGUACAAGUUCGAGACAACAAUGAUUAGCUUAGAAGCACUGCCUAAAGUAAUAGAUAGUUCGCAACUCACGCCGGAUUUAGAAGGUACUCUGCAAUAUGAUCACGCGCAAUGGAUAGAUCUCAGAUUGGCUUUGGAAGAGCUGAUGUGGCAAGCUGGUGAGCUGCUGGACAGGCUAGAUGACCUGCAGGAGGAUGUUGCGAGGGCAGACUUCGCCGAUGAUGUCACGGGCGCAAGGAGAGCCAUCGACGCGCACGCCGAUAUCAGCAAGCGACUGUCCAAAGUUCCCGUCGACGAAUUGGAGGGUCAAGGCGAGAGGGUCCUGCAGCGUUUGGAGGCAGCGGAAGCGGUGUGCUCUGAGGCGAGCGGUAGCGGUGGCGAGGCCGCGUUUCACUGCGGCUCGCCCGGGGCUGUGCGCGCGCAACUCUCCGCCGUGCGCUCGGCACACGCGCACGCGCACAAACUCUGGCAGCACAAGAAGAUGCAGCUCGACCAGUGCUUCCAGCUGCGCCUCUUCGAGCAGGAUUGUGAGAAGAUGUUGGAAUGGAUCGUGAAUCACCGCACCGCAUUCUUGGCGACUUACGUGGAGAUAGGCCGGUCGUGCGCGGCCGCUAAACGGCUGCAGGAGGAACACGCCAGGUUUGCAGCAGCAUGUACUGGUGGUGGCCGGCCGAGUGUCGCCCGAGUGACGACGGCGGCUCGUCGUCUCGCGGACAAGCGACACUACGCCGAGUCCGAGAUCUCUGCGCUUGCGCAUCGACUCGAACGGGCUUAUAAACAACUGUCGGCUGGCUUGGAAGAGCGUUCCGCGGUGCUAUCACUAUCAGUGGUGUUUCACCACAAAGCCGAGGCGUAUGUAUCAGCGGUCGGCGGCUGGGGCGCGCAGUGCGCGGUGGCGCUGCAGCUGGCCACGGGCCAGGGUGGCGCGCCCUGCAACGACCCCCGCGCGUUAGAACAACACGCGCAAAGACAUCGCCAGCUUUACGAACACAUGUGCCAAGCCUAUACAGAGGUUCACUCUACGAGUAAGAAGUUGUUGUACCAGCUGGAUCACCUCGUCCAAGUGUGCCAUCAAACGGAUCCUGCUGAUAUGAACGACGGCACAGUGAGCAGUGCCGGCAGCAGCGGCGGCGACCCGGCCGCGGACUACAGCUCCGGCGCGAACCACGUGCUGGCCGUCAUACACCAGAUACUGGGCCACCACAGGGCGCUCGAGGCCAGGUACCACCAAGCCAGGCUCAAGCUGCAUCAGAGACUCGCCUUGCUUUUGUAUAAAGAAGAUUGUAGGCAGGUGCUCGAUUGGCUGGCAAAUCAUGGUGAAGUGUUCUUGCAAAAGAAUACUGGAAUAGGAAGGAAUCUCCAUAAAGCUAGGGUUUAUCAGAAAUCUCAUGAACAUUUCGAAAAUGUGGCUCAAAACACAUACACGAACGCGGAGAAGCUGCUGGCGGGCGCGGAGGAGUUGGCGCGCUCCGGCGAGUGCGACCCCGAGGAGGUGCUGGGCGUGGCGCGCGAGCUGGAGGCGCACGUCGCCGCCUUCGCGGCAAGGGUCGACAGGAGGCGGCGGCGCCUGGACCUCGCCGUGCUGCUCUAUACGCACGAGAAAGAGCUGCUGCAAUGGUUGGAAACGUUGCGAAGUGGCGGUGGCGUGUGCGCAUCGGACGACACGCCGGAGGCUGCGCGACGUGCAUUAGACCAAUGCGCGCAACACCGCGGCGCCAGUCUCGACGCUUGCGCAGCCACCAUCGCACAGGGGGAGGCACUGCUGCAGGAUCUACGAUCAUCGGGCGAUUCGGAUGCGGCAAGCACUGCUGCCGUAGAGACGACCUUGGAACGACUUAGAGGCACUCGAGGAGCUCUUGAAGAGCUCUGGUCUGAUCGUGAAAGAAGACUCGAACUCACGCUUCAGCUCAGGCAUUUCGAAAGAGACGCCUUAGAGGUGUCGUCACGGCUGGAGCUCUGGGGCGACGAGCUCCAGAGGACGGAACCUCCUCGGGACCCGCAACAAGCUGAACAGGCAUUGGCUGCACACAACGAGAGCGUGGCUAGAAUGCAACAUGCCACCUUUCAGGUGGUUCAGCAAGGUCAAGAGCUCGCGGCGGCUAUCGCAGACGCUUCAGAUGUAAUGGCCUCGAGUGGGUCGGACGGGUCUGAAGCAGCUCCCCUUGAUGCGCAGGCGCGCGUGCAGCUACUGCUAGAGUUCUUACACGACCGGCAACUCGACUUGGAAGAGCUGGCGGAAGAGAGGCGCGCUCGGUUCGAGCAGUGCGUCCAGUUAGGUCAAUUCCAAAAGGACGCUGCUCAAGUGGUUAGUUGGAUUCGUAACGGCGAAGCAAUGCUAGCCGCUUCGUUCUCGAUUCCUGGCACACUGUCCGAGGCCGAGCAGCUGAAGAGAGAACAUGACCAGUUCCAAGUGGCUGUGGAGAAGACACACGCAAGUGCGGUGCAAGUCAAGUACAGAGCUGAUGCUCUCAGAGCCGCCAACCACUACGACCCGCAUACUAUCCGAGAAAUCUCGGAAGAAGUGACCGAAAGAUGGCAGAGACUGGUGACCUGUGCGGAGGAGCGUCACAAGCUGGUGACCGCGUCGCUCAACUUCUACAAGACCGCGGAGCAGGUGUGCUCGGUGCUGGACUCGCUGGAGCGGGAGUACCGGCGGGACGAGGACUGGUGCGGCUCCGCGGCCGCGCCGCCGGCCGACGACCAGGCCCUGCAGCUAAACAUCGACAAAGCUGCACAGGUGGCUGCAUUAAUAGUGAAGCACGGUGAGCAAAAGGAGGCCUUCCUGAAGGCUUGCACGCUGGCGCGCCGCACUGCUGAGACAUUCCUCAAAUAUGCGGCGCGAUCCGCUCAAGUACACGGCCAGACCGCCGCGGCCAGCAAGGCUCACCAUGAGCAGACCAGGGCCAUACUUGAUACACUUCUGGCUCAGGAGAAUAAGGUAUUGGAACACUGGACCGUGCGUAAAAAGCGUCUGGAGCAGUGUCAGCAGUUCGCUUUGUUUGAGCGGUCAGCGCGCGCCGCAGUGGAAUGGAUCAAGGAGACGCAGGAGCGGUGCGGCGCGGCGGCCGCGGCGGCGGCGGGCGGCGUGGCGCGCGAGUCCCGGGAGCGCGUGCGCCUGCUGGCGCAGCUGGCCGACGGGCUCGUGGAGAAGGGCCACCCGCACGCCGUGCAGAUCAAGGAGUGGGUCGCCGCCGUUGAUGCCAGAUAUGCAGAGUUCAGCGGUUCCAUGGAAGGCGGUGAGAGUGAACCGGAGAGUGACUCGGGCGUGGCUCCUUCUCUAGCGUCGUCUCAGUCGGCGGACAACGACGCACGCGCAGAACCGCAACCCACAACCGUUGGCGAUGACAAACGACGCAGCGCCAGGCGCAAAGAGUUUAUCAUGGCGGAGUUACUACAGACGGAGCGUGCGUACGUAAAAGAUCUGGAGACGUGCAUCACGUGCUACUUGCGGGAGAUGCGCACCGACCCCGGCGCCGUGCCGCCAGCGCUGCAGGGGAAGGAGGAAGUAAUAUUCGGCAACAUUGAGGAGAUACACCGCUUCCACGAGCGUGUGUUCCUCCGCGAGCUGGACAAGUACGAGACGAUGCCUGAAGACGUGGGGCACUGCUUCGUGACGUGGGCGCGCGAGUUCGACAUGUACGUGUCGUACUGCCGCAACAAGCCCGACAGUAACGCCGCCGUCGUGCAGCACGCUGGCGACUACUUCGAAAGGGUGCAACGUAAGAAGAAGCUGGAGCAUCCUCUGGCUGCGUACCUGAUCAAGCCAGUGCAGCGUAUCACCAAGUACCAGCUGCUACUGAAGGAUCUGCAGGCGUGCUGCGCCGAAGGGCAAGGCGAAAUCAAGGACGGCCUCGAGGUUAUGUUGUCUGUGCCGAAGAAGGCCAACGACGCUAUGCAUCUGUCUUUGCUGGAGGGGUGUGAUGUACCCACAGACAGCCUCGGCGAGGUGGUCUUGCAGGACUCCUUCCACGUGUGGGACCUUCGCCAGAUUAUCAAGAAAGGUCGCGAGAGACGCGUGUUCCUGUUCGACCUGCACCUUCUGCUCGCUAAAGAAGUCAAGGACUCGCAUGGAAAGGCGAAAUACAUUUAUAAGACUAAGUUCAUGACUUCCGAGCUGGGUGUGACCGAGCACAUCGAGGGAGAUGAAUGCAAGUUCUCAGUGUGGACCGGCCCGGAGCCCAUGGCCAGUGACUGCCGCAUCGUGCUGAAGGCACCCUCUCUUGAGGUCAAGCAGACCUGGGUCCGGCGACUGCGGGAAGUGAUCCAGGAAACGUACUUCAGUGGUGCUCUUCAUCAGCCCCCCAGGAGCCCUGCGCGCCGUCCAGCUAGCUCUCAGCGCUCGAGCAGGGAUCUGGACGACACAAUACUCGAUGAAACGACAGAGAAUCUCGAUCGAAAUUCACUCGCGUCUUUCGGCAGUGGGAACACCACCGAUUCCGAUAAGGCCGGUCCAGAAAUGACGUGGGUGGUGGCGGAGCACAGCGCGGCGGGCGCCGGCGAGCUGUCCGUGGCCAAGGGGCAGCAGGUGGAGGUGGUGGAGCCGUGGGCGGCGCGCGCCGACUGGUGGCUGGUGCGCGUGCCGGGCGAGCCGCCCCUCGAGGGCGCCGUGCCCGCGCACGUGCUCAAGCUGCAGCCGCACCACCACCCGCAGCAGAAGACAUCACCCUCCAGGCGACCUCUCAGCCAGCCUUGCGACGAAAAUCUAGAAGCCUCCAACUCCGACCCCGGCGGCAGCGUGAGCGCCGCCAGCCCGGUGAAGCACAGGAAACCAUUCAGUGGGAAACGAUGGCUGGGUCUGCGCAAACAGUCCCAAACCAAGACGGACAAGGGAGCCAGCGGGGCCCAAUCACCGGCCACCACCGACAAACCUGCUCCGCUCAAAAAGAUUCCAUCAGACAAGAAGCUUAAGCUGCCGUAUGCUGCCGCCGUUAGCGAUAAUGGUCGCGCCGACGACCAUGACGUAGGAAAGGGAGUGCCCGGCGUGCUCGACGAAGCUGAAGAUGAAGCUGCCGACGUGGAGCUACCACCGCCGAUGAAGCCGUUACAGAACCCGCAGUCGGUGCUGCAGCAGGCACCGCAGCCUGCCGCCGCGGCCGCGCCGCCCGCCGCGCGAAAUUCUAUGGCUAUGGAUGCCAUGGACAGUAACGGAGGAGCUGCCGAUAUUGACGAGAUCUUGCAAAUCGUCACAUCCAGAAUGGAGCAGCAUGGCGUUGCCUCGUCAUCAGGCAGGAACGGCGAGGAGGAGGAGACGGGCCCUGUGACACCCGGCCCUAACUCCUACGAAGACAUUCUCAAGAAACGAGAGUACGUGCUUCGGGAACUAGUCGAGACUGAAGAGAUCUACGUGUCGGACUUGGGGCUCGUGUGUGAGGGGUACAUGCGGCACGUGCAGGACCCCAAGGCCGAGCCUGGCCUGCCCGAGGGCCUGCGCGACCGACGGCACCGGAUGAUAUUCGGCAAUAUCGAGGCUAUAUACGAGUGGCACCGCGAUAAAUUUCUAAAGGAGCUCCAACUAUGCAUCGAGGAGCCCGAGUUGCUGGGACCGCUGUUCCGUCGGUUUUUAGAGAAACGCAUGUUCCUAUACGAAGCCUACUGCCGGAACAAGCCCGUCUCGGAGUACAUUGUGUCGGAGCACGACAGUUACUUCCAGGAGCUGCGCGUCAAGCUCGGCCAGAAGCUGCAGCUCGGAGACCUGCUGAUUAAGCCCAUACAGCGGAUACAGAAGUACCACCUGCUGGUGAAGAAGAUCCUGUCGUACUCGGAGCAAGGCAACGCGCCGCCGCACGUGGUCGCGGCGCUGCGCGAGGCGGUGGAGUGCACCGACAUCAUUCCUAAAAACGCGAACAACAUGAUGGACGUGGGCCGCCUUCAGGGCUUCGCGGGCAACAUCACGGCCCAAGGCAAGCUGCUGAUCCAAGAGCUCAUGAUGGUGUCGGACAUGUCCGGCGGGAACGACAAGGGGAAGGAACUCCAAGUGUUCCUCUUUGAGCAGUGCAUUAUCUUUAGUGAGGCCGUGGGCAAAAAGUCAAUGUACAGCAGCCCAACAUACAACUACAAGGCACAUAUCCAGGUAAACAAGAUGGACAUGGAGGCGGUGGAAGCUCAGGGUGCCUUCAUAGUCCGCGCCGACGACUCCACCAAGCCCAAGGCGCUGUCCUUCAUGUGCCGGCCUUCAGAGGCUACUCGAGCCAACUGGAUCUCCACACUUACGCACAUAUUGACUCAACAAAAGAACUUCGGAGACGCCCUUGAGAAUCCUGGAGCAUAUCUAAGGGAACAGCGUAGUCGCGAGCCUCCUCGCGAUCCCACCGCUGUAGGUGAGGGUUGGUGCGGGCUUCGCAAGACGGAGAGUGUUCCGCCUUCUUUAGGCGGGGCGCUGGCACCCGAACUGCGGACUCGCGCCCAGCGCCCCCACGCCAAGGCGAAUACUAUCAACCUACCCACCACAAUCCGCGCCGAUGACAGGAAAAAGGGCGGCGGUAGCUCUGCCGUCAGCCCGACCUCGCCGCCGCAGGCUAACGGCUUGUCCAAGCGGCCGUGGGGCCUGAAGCUGCGGCGCGGCGCCAGCGCCAGCAGCGCCGCCGGCGGCGGGCCCGCGGAGCCCGGCGCCGACGGCCUGGUCACCGAGCUGCGCGCGCCCGAGCUGGCCGAGCCGGCGGCCGACGUGACGGCCACGCCGGGCGCCACCGCCACCAUCUCGUGCCGCGCUGUGGCCACUCGGGCCACUGCGUCUUGGCGCAAGACUGCACCCGAGACUCAUGCGCUACGGCACGGUGGUCGGUUUGCUAUAUCAAUGACUCCAGACGGUCUCGCAACUUUGACUAUACACGCGUGUCGCGCGUCAGACGCCGGCGUGUAUUGUUGCCUCGUCAGCAACGAGUUGGGAGGAGUGCAGAGUUCCGCGCGGCUGACGGUGGGGGCAGGCGGGGCGCCUGGCGUGCCGGCAGUGCGCGCGCACCCUGGCGGUGGCCUGGUCAUACAAUGGGACGAGGCGACUCCUGCGCAUCUCGAGUACUGUCGAGUGGGAGAGGGAGAGUGGCGACGAGCUACUGAAACCCCCGCCGCGGCCAAUACGCUGGCACUAGAAGAGCUGCCUGCGGGACAGUACAGUUUCCGGGUGGUGUGCGCGCGGAGCGGCGCGGCCGGGCCCGCGUCGGGCCCCGCGGCGUGCGGCGGCGGCGGCGCGUGGCAGCGCGAGCAGUUCGCGCGCCGCUACAGCGUGGAGGAGGAGGUGGGCCGCGGCCGCACCGCGCGCGUGCUGGCCGCGCGGGACACCGGCACCGGCCAGCGGGUGGCGCUCAAACAGGUACUGGCCGGUCGCGGCGCGGACGCCAUGCGGGAGUACCGCAUCCUCUCCCGGUCGGCGCACGGCGCGGUAGUGCGCGCCAUGGCGCUGUUCCCGGAGGUGCCUCGCGCGGGGGCCCACACUCUCGUGCUGGAGAUGGUGAGCGGGGGCCCACUGCUGGACUGGGCCGCCUCCUCGCCGCACCUGUACACGCAGCAGAUGGUGGCGCACCACACGAAGCAGCUGCUGUCCGCGCUCGACUGGCUGCACUCCAUCAACGUCGCACACCUUGACGUCAGGCCCGAGAACGUGCUAGUAGAGCUGGGUGGGUCGGUGCCUCAACUGAAGCUGGUGGACCUGGGCUCUGCAGUCGAGACAGGGGAGGGCGGGGCAGGCAACACUGGCCGCGAGGUGCUCCCGCCUGCGCCUGCGCAGCUGGAGUUCGCGCCACCGGAGUGCGUGCUGGGCCGGCCGCCCGCGCCCGCGUGGGACGCCUGGGCAGCCGGCGUGUUCCUCUACGUCUUCCUCACGGGGUUAUCCCCGUUCCUGGACGAGUCGAUAGAGGAGACGACGGCGAACAUAAUAAAGUGCGACUACUGCUUCCCGCCGGAGCACUGGGCCGCCGUGGGCGAGCGCGCGCAGCACAUGAUCCGCGGCCUGCUGGAGCCGGCGCCCGGCCGCCGCCUCGCGCCGCGCGCCGCGCUGCAGGACCCCUGGUUCGACGAGGCACCCACCACAGCGCUGUCGGCGACGCAGCUGAAGACGUUCCUGGACCGGCGGCGGCCGGCGGGGCACGGCAACGUGCUGCACGCGCUGCGCUCGCCCAACGACACGUGACGCGCCGGCCCACCCGUGCUUACUUCCACACCUCGAGGAGAUUGUGCUCAACCACAGUUUGUCUGACAUCCUGCAACUUGACUAUCACGCCACCGCAUGCGUGCGGCGACGACGUCUCGUCAUCUGACUAGUGAAGCGUCGCUUCUCGAACUGAAAUUAAAUUUGAAGCGACAUAAACACAUUGGCUCGCUUAACACUCAUCCUUGUUGUAGCCAACAUUUUAUGUGCAAGUAAUUAAGGAACAAAGUAGAUCUUAUUCAAUAAUCACUCAAUAGGAAUACGUUAUAUUUUCUUAAGCCGUAGUUUACUGUAAUUGAUGUAUAGUCAAUGUGCCCACCUAUUGAGUUUGGUAUUUUACUUAUUUGGACUUUAUUCGCGACUUGUUUGCUGACUGGAAACAUUGUGUUAUCGGUAACUGCGCGCGCCAUCUAGCGGCGCGUCGCCACUCGACCGGUUAUCGACGUUAUUUUUAUUUAAAUCAAUAAAUUAACCAACGACCCCUUGGCCUGUAUAAAUUUUAAAAUAAUAUUCCUAAAGUGGCCGAUUUUAAAGAAAGUGUCUGUGAUUUAUGCUAAAAAUGAAGUUUUCAUGCUUAUUCCUAAUUGUAUCGUAUGUACGCGUUAAAUUAAUAAUGAAUUGAUUAUUCACUAAUGAAUAAAAUUGUAUAUAGAAGUAAGUUUUAGUGCAUCAUUUUAUUUUAAUUUGUGACCAAAAUGCAAAUUGUUUGUUCGUGUAGUGUGAUGUACCGCCGUCCGCGGCGCGAGAUAUUAUGUUAGUGCUAGGUAUACUGUAUACUAGAUGUAACGAUGCAAUGUACACGCUACACUGCCGCUCGUGCGCUCUGCCGCUCAACAGACGCCUUUCCAAAUGUAACUCGUAACCUUAGUUAUUGUAAGUAAAGUAUUACUGUGGACAAUUGAAGCUUUUAUGUCAGUCGAAUACGAAUACACGAGACAACUAUUAUAAAGGAAUUAGGAAACAAUAAGAUAUUGUAUACUGCUUAUUAAUUCUAAACUAAAUGGCAUAGACGUGGAGGGCUGCGCUCACUGAAUAUAUGGAUAUAAGCAACCCACAUGACCGAACUAAAUUAUAUUUAGUGUAUUCCGUUCGUUUUGUUUUGGUUAAUUGCAAACGCAGAACUAAUUAUGGGAACCAAGUUGUACAGGAGUGGUUACAACGAAACGCCUUAAAGAUCUGUGAUCUAUGUAUUGGAACUUGGAUGUUGGCUUACGUAUUAAAUGGGCUUCGUUCUAAAGAGUAGUCUUGUAUUAAGGCGUUGUCCACUGUCUCACGCACAAUUGUAUACUUCACUGACGCAGCACGGGGUUGCUCCUGCAGCUACAGGGGUCAAGUAUUCAGUAGUUGUCGCCACACUUUGUGGCCGCGCCAAGUAAGACAUUGGUCAAACGUUAGAGCGGCCAGCAAGUUUGCCGAGAACUGCAUUCGUAGGGAACAGACCAAAGACAGGUGUUGGGAUCUCAUUAAACAGUGAGAGAAGAACGUUUUGUAUAACAAAAAGGUACCACUCUCACGUUAUUAUUUUUUUUUGUAGCUGGCAACUUCCACUUCGUGCUGCGUCAGUGUUGCCCUGUAAUAAUAAUGUUCCUGUUUAUUUUCAACUUCGUAUCAAGAAGCAGCUACCCGCUGUGUCAUUUUUAGAUAUCAUAGUGUCUAAAGCUGAUGUAUAUUAUAAAAUCGUAAUACAUACAAAAUUUUAAAAAAUA